AUGUUGCGGUUUCAGAGAUUUUAUUCAUCCUAUGCCCAGAAAAAGGUGCUUAGAAAGUAUCCCGUUGGUGGAAUAAUCCAUGGGUUUGAAGUCAAACGUACUAUGGCAGUACCAGAAUUCAAGUUAACUGCUGUCGGGUUGGUUCAUAGUCAGACAGGGGCAGAGCAUUUACAUAUCGACAGAGAUGAUAAAAAUAACAGCUUUAGCAUUGCAUUUAAAACUAAUCCACCGGAUGCAACCGGCGUUCCUCACAUUUUGGAGCAUACUACGUUAUGUGGCUCUCAAAAGUAUCCAGUCAGGGACCCGUUCUUCAAAAUGUUGAAUAGAUCUCUUUCAAAUUUUAUGAACGCAAUGACAGGCCCUGAUUACACUCUCUUCCCUUUUUCCACGACUAAUAUGACAGACUUCAAAAAUUUACGAGAUGUUUACAUUGAUUCCACAUUGAACCCAUUACUUAAAUCGGAAGAUUUUUAUCAGGAGGGCUGGAGAUUAGAACAUGAAAAUGUUAUGGAUUCCAAGAGUGAUAUUGUAUUCAAAGGUGUUGUGUAUAAUGAAAUGAAAGGCCAAAUAUCGAAUGCCAAUUACUAUUUUUGGGUAGCAUAUCAAAAUUCAAUAUAUCCCUCAUUGAAUGACUCUGGUGGUAACCCCAAGAAAAUAACAGACUUGUACUAUCACGAAUUGGUGGAUUUCCACAAAACAAAUUAUCAUCCAUCAAAUGCAAAAACAUUUACUUAUGGUAACUUUCCUCUGGACAGUACUUUGAAAUCUUUAAACAACGCAUUUGCGGGCUAUGGAAAGAGAAUAAAAAAUCAAACAGUUUUGCUUCCAGUAGAGUUAUCAGUACCUAUUGACGUGAAUACUGAAGGUGAAUUGGACACGAUGUUACCACCAGAUAGACAGUUAAAAACGUCAAUGACCUGGAUUUGUGGUUCUCCACAUGACAUCUAUGAAACCUUCCUUCUUAAGGUGCUUGGUAAUUUACUAAUGGAUGGUCAUUCUUCCGUAUUCUUUCAAAGAUUGAUUGAAUCAGGCGUUGGAUUGGAUUUUUCUGUUAACUCAGGUUUUGAAUCGGCUACUGCUGCCAAUUUUCUGACCAUUGGUGUCCAAGGAGUGCGUGAUCUAGAUCAGUUUAGAACAAUAGUCAUAGAAACCUUUCAAGAAUUGCAAGCAACACCCUUUGAUCGCAAGAAGAUCGAUGCUAUCAUCCAGCAACUUGAGUUGAGUAAAAAGGAUCAAAAGUCUGAUUUUGGGCUACAAUUGUUAUAUUCUAUAUUGCCAAACUGGUCAAAUGGUGUUGACCCAUUUGAGACACUUCAGUUUGACGACAUUUUAACUCGCUUUCGUGAAGAGCUGGAGCAGCAUGGUGACAAAUUAUUUCAGGACCUGUUGGAGAAAUAUAUAAUUGGCAAACCUUCUUUCAACUUUUCUAUGGAAGGUGAUGCAGAUUUUUCUAAGAAAUUAGAAAUAGAAGAAUCUGAACGCCUUAAAACAAAGAUAAAGUCUUUAAAUGAGGACGACCGAAAAGCCAUUUACGAUAGGGGAUUAUAUUUGCAAAAAAAGCAAAACUCAGUCGAAGAUUUGUCUUCCUUACCAAGUCUGAAAUUGACUGAUAUACCUCGCGUAGGUGAUACCUAUGAGCUAGAUCCUUUAGCCGAAAAUAUCACAUGCCGUAUCACCGACACUAAUGGGAUCACAUACCUUAGAGCCAAAAGGCUAUUGAACGAUUCCAUUCCUUUGAAACUGUAUCCCUAUUUACCUCUGUUUGCUGAUUCUUUGACCAGCUUAGGCACUUCUACUCAAGAUUACAGUGAUAUUGAAGAUGAUAUGAAGCUUCAUACCGGUGGCGUUUCAACCCAUAUCGAAGUUACAGCUGAUCCCGUUACAUGCGAACCCAGACUAUCUCUCAGGUUUGACGGAUGGUCUCUUAAUUCAAAGACUGAUCAUAUUUUCGAUAUUUGGAAAAAGUUAUUAAUCGAGACGGACUUCAAGAAACAUAGCGAGAAGAUUAAAAUUCUCAUUAGGUCUUUAGUUUCGUCGAAUACCGCCUCGGUAGCGGAAUCGGGGCAUUCGUUUGCCCGUGGAUUUGCUGCUGCCCACAUAAGUCAAACAAAGGCAAUAUGCGAAAAUCUAUCAGGAAUCCAGCAGGUGCAGUUUAUUGCGAACUUAAGUGGCAUGCUCGAAGAUGAGCCAGCUUUUCAAGAACACAUUGUAAAUAAAUUGGUAGAACUAAAAAAACACUUGAUAGGAUCUCAAGGUUUGGAAUUUUUCAUUACUACCGAUUCAACUGUAUGCGCAAAUGAAACUUGUGAGAAAGCUCAACGCUUUAUGAGAACCCUCCCUGUCGCAACUAAUAAAGGCGGUAUUAGCACUACAGCAUUUCCGUUACUUUCUGAAAAUGGAACCAUUAAUAAUACGUUAAUCGAUUUUCCAUUUCAGGUCAGCUACGCUGCUGCUUCCUUACAUGGAGUGUCUUAUACCCACGAAGAUGGUGCUCCAUUACAAGUACUGGCGAACUUGCUAACUUUCAAAUAUUUACAUCGUGAAAUCAGAGAGAAAGGUGGGGCAUAUGGCGGAGGUGCUGCAUACAGCGCAUUGGAAGGGUUGUUCAAUUUCUACUCCUACAGAGACCCUAGACCGCUGGCCGCAUUAGAUACUUUUGACAAAUCUGUUUCUUUUGUACUGAACGAUACUAAUUGGAAUAAUUCCGAUUUAAAUGAAGCGAAACUAACCAUAUUUCAACAAAUAGAUGCUCCAGUUAGUAGAAAGAGUGAGGGAUCGAUGUUUUUCUACUCUGGAGUCACUGAUAAGAUGAGACAAACAAGAAGAGAGCAGCUGCUUGAUGUUUCCGUGCCCGAUAUUCAUCGCGUCAGUGAACUCUAUCUGCUUAACAAGAAACCCGUUCGAGCCAUCAUUGGACCUAAUAUAAACGAUAAGUACCCACCAUCUUCCUGGGCUAUCAAAAAAAUGUAA